AUGACUUCAGAAAUGCAUCAAUUAACACCAGCAGAACAUAAUAAAAAACCAUCCUAUUCUACAAUUGCUAAAUGGGAUGAAAAUGAAGUAAAAAUUUGUGAGUCAGAUAAUGAACUUGAAAAUGAUUUGCCAUUAGAAGAUUUAGAGUUUAAUGGAUAUGAUGAAGAACUACCAAAUUAUGAAAAUGUUUAG